CUGGCUAUGUUGAUGUGCGUAUGACGCACCAUAACAAGAGUAAUAGGAAAUAAGACCCAGUCACGGAUUUGGGGGUCAAGAUAUAGCGAUACUCUAGUAUAAGGACGGUUGAGCGCGAUACGCAUGCGAAACCCCGAGGACAUACGCAGAGCUUGACAUUUUGAGACCCGAGACCGCUUGAGCGAGUGAUGUGGACAGAGGCAAGCCGAACUUGGAGGCGACACGCGAUCGGGUGUUUGCCUUAUGCAGUCUCAAUGGCUUCCGCCGCCUGCUCUGCUUAUCCUCUCCCCUCACCGUCUGAAUGAACCUCGCUCGACACUCGAUCAGCGCAACAGCCCCAGUCCUCAUCUUCGACACUAAGUUCGACCCAGACUGCCGCAUAUUCACGACAUGCACUCAGGCUGGCUUCGCGAUCUACAAUGCUUGGCCUCUCAGGCUACUCCGCAGGCGAGAUAUCGCAGGAGGCACACUGUCCAUGGUUAUUCCGCUCCAUACAUCCUCGCUUCUCUUCCUAGUAGGUGGUGGUCGUAGUCCAAGAUAUCCACCAAACAAGGUCGUCUUCUGGGAUGACGCAGUGGGGAGAGAAGUUGCUGAGCUGGAGUUUAGAGAACGGGUACGAGGUCUGGCGUGUCGCAGAGGCUGGCUGGCGGUCGCAUUGCGGCGGCGGGUGGUAGCAUUCAGAGUCGAUGAAUCUAUAAGCAGAUACGCGGAAUGGGACACAUGUGACAACCCGCGAGGGCUGCUAACCUUAGCUACACGGACACAUUCUACUCUACUUGCCAUACCAGGUCGCCAGACCGGGCAUGUGCAGCUUAUCCAUUUACCGCCAUGCGAACCACCAGAACCUCUCGGUCCCCCGUCCUCUUCUCCCCCAACUCCUCCUCCUCCUCCCCCUACUAAACAUCCAGUCUCCAUUAUUGCCGCUCAUACCACUGCUCUUUCCACGUUAUCUGUACCUGCUUCCGGGCGGUACCUCGCAACCACAUCCUCGAGGGGAACCCUCGUCCGGAUAUGGGACUCUGUGACCGGGAAGCUGAUACGCGAGCUGCGGCGAGGAACAGAUAAAGCCGAGAUAUAUGGUGUCGCUUUCCGGCCCGAUGAACGCGAGGUAUGCGUCUGGAGUGACAAAGGAACCGUGCAUGUCUUCUCGCUUGUAGGGGGUAGCGGAAGCUCAAAUCGACAAUCCACAUUUUCGCCUCUGACCACUUUUAUACCGCUUCCGAAGUAUUUCGAUUCGGAGUGGUCUUAUGCCCAAUACCGCAUACCCUCACAGUCCGCCCAUAUCUCACUCUCCGCUGGUCCCUCGAAACCUCCUACCGCCGAUGUCGUCGACGAGGAGAAGUGUGUGGUAGGAUGGAUUGAAGCUCCUGCUGAGAGCCCACACGACCCGGGCCGACAGCCUUCGCAAGAGUAUCAAUUAAUUGCCUUGACUUUCACGGGCGGCUGGUAUCGCCUUUCGGUACCAAGGUCCAGCCCCGUGGUGGAGAUAAGUCCUUCCUCCCCUGUUGGACCCAUAUCUAUCUCUCCCCCGAGCGUCCGAGCUCUCUCUCUACAUCGACCGCGCUCGUCCAGUGGGUCCUCCGCUGCCAGCCGUCACGAUAAAGGUAAAGGCCGGGAACGCGAGAGGGAUAGCAAGGAAAGCCGCGAAUGUGUCCUUCGUGAAUUUAGAAGAUAUGGUCGUUGGGACGGCUGGGGAUAAUGAUUUUCGACAUCCCGGUUUCUGCAUCUUCGCCACCCACAAGUUACUACCAAUACUCUCACAUACAUUCAUUGUAGUCUGUGGCUUCUUCGCCUACAUGAUCUUCGUGUCAUCUCAUGCAUUCUGUACUACUACGCAUCAUGUUGUAACACCGCACUUUUAGUCUAUAAAUGCCCUUAGUCUACCUAUCCAAUUUAGAUC